AGUUACUUGCAGCCGGAGUACGACUCCGGAUAUUCGCCCUCCGAGUCCGAAUCGAGUACUGUCCCUCGCCGGAGUUCGAGCAAGAGAAGGAGUGUAACGACAAACUCAGGAUCCGGCAAAGAGAACCAGCGCGCAAGACGAAGACGAUCGACAGCAGCCGCCGCUGCGGCACCAGCAAUUAUGGCGUACUCGCCCGCGCGGAGCAGAAGCCGCGCCCCAAGCCGGCCAGCAAGUCGAGCCUUAACCCAAACUCCCGCGCCCAUAGUCGUAGAGAUGCCUGAACGACCGCCCAUCGUCAUCGACGAGUCCGUUCUCACUGGCAGACCAAAGAGUCGAGGUCCACCAGGUGUUAGUGCACCCGGUCUAAGCGGUGGAAGGGGCAUGUUCAAGAGACUUAUCGUCGCGUGCGAUGGCACGUGGCUCAAUUCCGACAAUGGCAUGGUCAACGGAAAACUCCCUGUACCAUCCAAUGUCACACGAAUAUCCAGAGCCAUCAAAACGGUCAGUCAGGACGGCAUCCCCCAGAUUGUGAAUUAUCACUAUGGCCUUGGAACGCAGGGCGGAAAGCUAGAUCGUUUGAUCAGUGGCACGACGGGGGAGGGACUCGGUGACACGGUGAGAGAGGCGUACAGUUUCUUGGCAAACAACUACCACCACGGCGAUGAGAUUUUCUUGUUAGGUUUCUCCCGCGGUGCAUUCACAGCUCGUUCGAUUGCUGGGCUCAUUGGGGAGAUUGGGUUACUCACAAAGAAGGGGUUGCAUGCGCUCCCGGAGAUCCACAAGGAUGUGCAGCAUCGCAGAGACCCUCGAUAUGUGGCCAAGAACCCUGACAUACCCUUCCCCAAUAAACCGAGCGCCGAGGAUCCACGGUACGCCGAUGAGUUGGAGCGACGAGGGUUGACAAGACUCGAUAUUCCGAUCAAGGCGAUUGCCGUUUGGGAUACCGUUGGGAGUCUUGGGACACCGCGGAUUGGAUGGCUGACCAAGGUCGGAUUGCAAAGUGGGGAAUCGAAAGAGAUGGCCUUCUACGACACAAAGUUGCACGGCUGUGUGGAGAAUGCAUUUCAGGCCCUCGCGCUAGAUGAGAAGCGAAGCGCUUUUUCGCCUGCGGUGUGGGAAAAAGGAGAAGGGAAUCGAACGACGUUACGACAGGUAUGGUUUCCUGGAGUACACAGCAAUGUAGGAGGUGGUUACAGUGACCAGCAGCUGGCCAACAUCACAUUAGCUUGGAUGAUGAGCCAGUUGGAGCCUUUACUGGACAUGAGGGACGAGUAUCUCUUCGAGCAAGACGACGAGACGGCACGUGAUUACCACAAGACAGGCCAAAAGGUACGACCAUGGUCAUUUGGUGAGAUUUACAACUCCAUGACGGGUCUAUUUUCCCUUGGAGGCGGCUCUUUUCGCACACCGGGCAUGUACCGCGAGGCGAACCCCUUCACUGGCCGUCCAACCGAUCGACCCCUCCGCCAGACAAACGAAUACAUACACCCUUCAGUACGAGCUCGAUUUCGCCUUGACGGUCCCGGCGUUUCAGACAAAGGGCUCUACGAGUGUCGCGCAUUGACCGACAACUACAAGCUCGUCGUCGACUACGGCACCCAAAACACCAAAUCAGGCGACCCGGACGUCUUCUGGAAACUCAAAUUUAGGGACGAAGCAGCCGUGAAGGUGUUGCCCGAAGCCCCCCUUUGGCGACUCGAGCGCGAGCUCGCGAAGAAAGAUCCGGAUACCUACCAUUACGUACGACGACCACCAGCGACGGGCCAGAAACGCAGGAAGCAGCGCCCCGUCUCCGCAGGCAUCGUGGGCAACGGAAAACUGUCCAGCGGCACCCGGAGAAGUCACGUAGCAGACGACCUCGGACCGAGGGGUAGCACGCGACGUAGUUUCGUAGCCGAUGACGACAGGAGGGCUUCACGGCGGAGCUAUAUCGAACCCAGCGAGGCGACGAUGAAGAGGACUCGCUCUCGGUCCCGCGCCGCGAGCAUGGACAGGGAGACGGAUAUCCGGGAGAACAUGCCACACCGACGGCCGAAGGACAAGACGUGGUGGGACGGUGUAAGUCAGGCUGGACCCAGAAGUCCGGAUCCAAGGAGUCCUAGGAGGAGCAGUAUGCGGGUUUAAAUGUUUCCUCACUUCCUAUACAUGAAUGCUUGAACCUAACCCGCCAUCGAGAGGUUCAAUCGAACAUAUUGCAAAACGCGUUAACAAAACUUGUAUAUAAAC